CAGCCCUGCUGGUGGCGGGGCAGAGAGCCGCGGCUACUAGCUACACGCACCGGCUGCCACUUUUACGCGCCCGCGCAUCGCAUUCCAGCCUCCAUGAUCGUACCCGCCAGUCAGCCAUGACGGUGCAGCGCGUCCCCAUACGUAGCUCCACUUCUACUGCUGCUCCGUGAGUGCAUGCGCGCGCUCGCGUGUAUGUGUUUUAUAGUUCUCCAUUCUCGUCGAACAGUCGACUGGAGACGAGGGGUAUUUCUCGAUCUCUUACACGCGAACUGUACACUUAAACGACGACGGUGGUGCCGGACGUGAGCCAAUGCGAGUCGUGGACGACCACAGCCGUAGGUUCUACGUACAUACUGAGGAUAACGGCGCCGAGUGAGUUACAUUCUAACUUACAAAGACACAGUGGAUAACAGCAUCGAGUGAGCUCAUUCAUGUACCCGUCUCUACCUGCCCUCCAUCUCCUCCUUGCCACAUAGUUUGUGCACGCUUGUAUUCUCCCUCUCCUCCUCCUUCUCGCCCCAUAGUUCGGGCAUCCUUUCCUAACCCUUCCCUUCUCUUUACCCCAUAGUUCGUACACGCGUCCCUAACCCUUCCCUACUCCUUGCCAUUUAGUUUGUAAAUGCAUCCCUAGUCAUCCCAUUCUCUUCGCCUCAUAAUUUGUCAAUCGUUCCCUAGCCGUGCUUCUCCUCUUUGGUCCGUAGUUCCUGCAAGAGUCUCAUUACUCUGUCGUAGUUAACCAACAUCACUCCCUCGCGGGCUCUCCCGCAGUCCUUUCCCCAGCGACGAUGGCCCGCCGCUGCUGCCUGCUCCUCUGCGCCCUGCUCGUCAUCUGCGAGGCGUCGACGGCCGGCUUCUACAGCGACAACGGCGUCGACCAGACGAUCAUGUACCGCUCGAUGCCGAAGCAGGAGCGCAACGAGAUGCAGCAGGAGAUUCUCUCGCUGCUCGGGCUUCACCACCGUCCGAACCCGGCCUCGCACGCCGCCAACCUGACGUCGUACUCGGCCCCGCGCUACAUGAUCGACCUGUACGAGACGCUGACGGGAGACGAAGAGGACGUUAACUUGGAGACGGUGAAGCGUCGCUACCUGCCGCAGCCGCGCGAGCGGGGCGAGUUGGCGCAGGACUACACGUUCCUCACCAGCAGCUACUUCGUGCAGGAUGCCGAUAUGAUCAUGAGCUUCGUCAACCAGGUGAAGCACGAGUACCCAUUGCGACAUGACCGUGACCGGAUAUUCCGGUUUGACAUGAGCGAGGUUCCGCUGGGUGAGACCGUUCUUGGAGCAGAAUUGCGCAUUUACAAGAACUCCAGCCUGGACGGACACAUCGAGAACAACAUUACCGUAAACGUGUAUCAAUUAGUGCCCGGCAUCGACCCAGAAGACAGACAAUUAGUGUUGGCGGACUCGUAUACCGUCAGUCACGACCAUGCCGGCUGGCUAACAUUUAACGUCACACAGGCGACACAGGAUUGGACAUCUGACGCGUUCGCUAAUUAUGGAUUCUACAUACAAGCAAUCUGCGGGCACAAGUCACUGGAGAUGCACGAAGCGUCAUUAGUAACCAGAUACGGUCCAGAAGGGAAACUUCCGUUUAUGGUCGCCUUCUUCGCUGCCGCGGCGCAGAGCCAGAGUCACGUGCGCCGGAAGCGUGCGCCUCGUCGAAGACAAGAGAGCAGCAAUGUGGCGGCAACCGAUAACUACGAGUGGACCACGUACUAUGAAUAUAAGUCUGCACAACGGAGCUGUCAACGGCGAGAAUUGUAUGUUAGUUUUAAAGAUCUGGGAUGGGAGGACUGGAUCAUCGCGCCCGACGGCUACUCGGCCUUCUACUGCUACGGCGAGUGCGCCUUCCCGCUGAACGCGCGCAUGAACGCCAGCAACCACGCCAUCGUGCAGACGCUCGUUAACCUGAUGAAGCCCGACAGUGUGCCGAAGCCUUGCUGCGUGCCGACGAAGCUCUCCGCGAUACAGGUGCUCUACUACGACAAGAACUCGAACGUCAUCUUGAAGAAGUACCGCAACAUGAUCGUCAAGGCGUGCGGCUGCCACUGAUAAUGAUGUCACGAUUGCGUGCGAGGCGAUGGGAUCACGGUGGGCGGGCGGAUGGAGGAGGAGGGGAAUGAUGAGGAGGAGGGGGAACAAGAAGGAUGUUACAGAGAAGGAAUGGAGGGAGGGGUAAGAAGGAGGAGAGUAAGGAGGAGGAGGAGGACUAGAAACGAAGAACGAAGAAAAACGAUGAGGAUGACGAAGAAGAAAAGAAGAAGAAGAAGAAGAAGACGACGAAGAAGAAGAUAUGGAUACGCACAAGGGGGAUAUAAAGGCGUGUAGCAGAAGCUAAAUAAGUACAUGAAAAAAAAUGAGUUGGAUAAAAAGGAUGAGAGUGAGGUGGGGAAAGCGAAAAAAGAUGGAUGAGAAGCAGGAUAGGGGGAAGAGGAGAAGGGAGAGGAAAAGGAAGAAGAGGGGAGGGAAGGGGAGGAGGGGGAAGGAGAAGGAGAAGGAGGGGGAGGAGGAAGUGGAGGAGGAGGAGAAUCGUACACGCGCGAUUGACAGUAGAUUAAAACCCGGCAUCUACAGCUGUAGCGGUCGGUAAUGGCCGCUAUAAAUAGCUACAGAUGCAAAUUAAUCGAUAAUCGAUCAAGUUAUGAUUGACUAGUGGAGCGUCGGUGUGCAGUGUUAUAACAACUGACGACCGUAGGCAUAAAAUAGCUCAGGGAAGGGCGAAAUCCGUAGAGAAAAUCGUUACAUUAACCCUGACGCGUUUUAUGAUUGUCUGUUUGGUCAACGAAACGUAUAGAAAUACGUGUUACACUAUACCGCAUUUUGAAUGUAAUUAUUAUUUUAUUUGUACAUAGUCUGUAAAGCAUGUUAUAUACGGCGAAUUAGAUUACGAGUCGCGUUGUAUCAUAAUCAAGGUAAGGAACCUAUCUAUACCUGUAUAUAACUCACGUAUGUAUUCACAUGAAGAUCAACGCAUGAUAAAUGAUCGAGCAAUUUAACAUGCUGGAUGCAGAGUUAAGACAUUAAAUAUGAAAUGUAUUUAAAACGAUGCCUGUAGCGAUAAAAAUUCAAUGUGAAAUAUAAAAAAGCUUAAUGAAAUGUACGUACAUCAUGUAUGUUUUCACGUAAAUUUUAUCGUUGUUUUUGAUUAUGUUCACAUAGACAUAAAUAAUUAUCUUUGUAUGAAAUAUUUUUUCUGAAAAAACGCUGACACUAGCAAUUGGUAUACAAUCUCGCUACACACUGGCAUAAUGGAAAAUAAUAGUAAUUUCAUUACGGAAAUUGCCUCACCUCUCUGAGAUCUGUAGUUGCAAACCCUACGCUAUUUUGAUAUUCGUAUAUUGUAGUUUCUCGUAUACACGUAAAAAUCAUUUUCAUGUAACAUUAAAAUGCGUAAAACCGCGAAUCACUACUGCUUACGGCGCACGGCCAACAUCUAGGUUUCAUAUAGGUGGCAUACAACAGUAGCCUUCCGCAUUUGCACGAUUUUGUCCCUGAAAAAUCUCUCGCUUUAAUUUCUUUUGUUUUGUUUUUGCGAUAAAAUUCGGAAGUAGAGUGCACUCAUUUGCAUUAUGCACGCAGGUAGAUGCCUCAUGCACGUCUAUAAUGCAUUGGAAGUGAGAUUGCUUUUGUCGUGUAAUUGUGCCCUUGCGUCAAGUGGUGUAGCCAUGAAGACCGGUCGGCCAUUUUGUGGUUAAACGGGAUCCGACUACAAGCUGAAAAUUCUCGAAAACAAUCUGGCAAAUGUUUCGAGUGAAGAUCGCUCUUUGAAUCUGUAAUGAUUUAGCAUAAAUAAAAUGUAUGUCGCGUAUGCGCCGAAA